AUGGCUUCCGCAUUUGCCUUGUCGCAAAGCGAUCUCCACGACUCCCUCCAAGACAGUGACCUCGAACCCCGCAACUCCUCGUCCUACCAACACCAAUCUCUCAACCACCAGUUUCCUACUGCCGACGACGUCUCACCUCCGCUGUCGCGUGUCAACAGUGAAUCCCUCUCUCCCUCGAUUGUUCACCUCGAUACCCCAGACGCCUCUCACUCCACACCGGGCCAAUAUCAGGCCAGCGACUACAGCGAGCUCGACGCAGACGAAGACCCCUUCUUCGGUGUCGAUUUUACAAACCCUCACGCUGGUGGCCCUAGCUUCCUAGCAGAGGCUGGCAUAUGGGACCAAUCAGUCGUGGCGACUGAACUCCCUGUCGAAGAAGUACAAUCGGAUGACAGCUAUGCCGUGUCGUAUCCAUUGACGCCUGACAAGUCCUCACUAAAUAUAGCCUCACCUGCUGCUAACGGCGCUGCCAACCCACCUACCUCGGUCUCGCCACGGGACCUUCAACGGAACCUUCAACGGAAUUUCAAGGGCGCCACGCUCUCUGCCGAAUCUUCUCAACUGACUCCAGCCCCAACCGGCAGCGGCCGUUCCAGCGAGGACGGUCUUGUCCCUGCACCUGUGCCUAUGCCUGUGCAGAGCCCUAGAGUUACUGUCUCAAACUGGGACAACGACAACGGCCUGACCCCGGCACUCGGUCUGGAGCGCACUUUCGACGACAAUAGCACAGUUCGGGGCGUCCAUUCUGUUGGCGAGCUGAUCUCAACUAGCCGUCCCGGGACACCCAACACUGCUAAGCGAGAUUCUCUUGGCCGGUGGGAACCAGAUACAAGAACUGGACACUCAGGAAUCGAACCACGGAACCGAUCUGCUGAUGAGGUUCCCAGCAUCAACGAGCUGGCCGCGCAAAACGCUCGCCAAGAGCGCAAUCAGGAAGUUGGACGCUGGCUACAAGAAGACCUGCAUGACAUAACGGCCCCCACGGAAAAGACGGCCGAAGAAAUAGAGGCUCUUGAACGGCCACGUGACGACGAUGAUGGUAUUCCUCUGGGAAGCAAUACCGAGAACAGACACGUUCAUGACCAAAUUUACAUUGAUCCCACAGGUGGUCCUUUGAACGACGAGGACUACAAUAUCAUUUACUCCGCCAAUCACUGGGAGCCUGCUCCCGUGUCACACCCAAUUAUCUCCGAUGAGCGAGGGCGCUUUCAGCCAGAAACAUCACAAGCUGCCAUUGAACGAUUCGAGCGUAUGAUCCGCGACAAUGACUCUAUUCUUUCCCGAUCUGCCACUUGGGGAACUCGCCGACGCAGCUUCCCAAGCGUGAUUGACGCCGAAGGCGUCAUUAGUGGCAACUUUUUGAAGAAACUAUCUCUCAGCAAGGCAGAGCCAAAGAAGACAAGCAAGCCCACUGGCUUCCUGGCCGAGCUUCGCGGCCUAGUCCGACGAACAAGCUCCUCCUCAAUGCGAAAAAGAUCGAGAAGUCGCUCCAAGAGUGCACAAGGCGACGACCUAUGCCGAAAGGACAGUCAACAAUCAGACGAACGCAGAGAUAGCUCACCGCACCUAUCUCCCACCUCCCGGACGUCUAGUUGGGGAAAGCAGCCCACACCUAGCAUUAAUUCAGUAUUUGCUACUAUGGCAACACCUCUGGCUUCCAUUGGAUCGACGCACGCUCGGAGCGGAUCCAUAAGCGGCAUUACCCCAAUUGCCUCCCCAAAAAGUGGCUUCUCCUUGGCUGUUGAUAAAGUGCUGCGACGACCGCGCAGCAAAUCCGAGCUACCAAAAGCAACACCGUUGUCAGUGGCUACCGAAGACUCGCAAGCAUCGCUGGUCGAUUUAUGGAAAAAGUCUGGUGGUCCCCCCGUCGUUGCGGCACGCAGCAAGCCAGCGGCUACGGCAGGCGCAGCCGAGCUAGAUGAUGACGAUGACGAUGAUGACGACGAUUUACUUGAAGACUCGGCCAUGAAGAAGAACCCCAACGAAAUUGACACCAUUCCACACACCUUUGCCGGCUUCCAAGAGCAUGCACUGAGACUGAACCCUGGUCUUGAAAACGGCGGCUUAUAUCUAGUCGAUCGCAUUGCGCACCAACAAGUUGUUCGAUAUAAGAACUUGUUAACCCUCAAGGUCAACCAUAUGCGCCAGGGCAGCAAUUGUUCCUGUGGACCACUGUGUAUGGCACUCGGUGGCUCGGCUAAGAUUUUAGGCGACCACAAAGGCGACAAAGAUAGAAUUGGUCCGUUAGCUGCUCGCUUUGAGGAUGAUGAUAGCCCUGCAGAGGGAAUCAUCAGUAACGAGAGCUUCCCGCCAGACAUUCCGAUGCCGCCCACUCAGUUCCUUCCAGCCGAGUUCGAAUGUCAGCUGUGCUAUCAAAAGAAGAAAUUCCAGAAGCCCUCGGACUGGACCAAGCACGUACAUGAGGAUGUCGGUCCCUUUACCUGUACAUGGGACAAGUGCAAAGACCCAAAGACUUUUAAGCGCAAGGCUGACUGGGUACGUCACGAAAAUGAGGGCCACCGACACUUGGAGUGGUGGACAUGCGAUGUGGAAGACUGCCGCCAUACCUGCUACCGCAAGGACAACUUUUUGCAGCAUCUAGUGCGUGAGCACAAGUUUGUGGAACCCAAGGUCAAGACCAAGGCAGCAAUGAAGCGUGCUGGAGGGGUUGAGCCGACCUGGCAAAAAGUUGAAGAAUGCCAUAUGGAGACGCCAAAGAAACCGCAGGACGAGCCCUGCAAAUUUUGCGGACGCGUCUUUCCUACAUGGAAGAAGCUGACGGUGCAUCUAGCCAAGCACAUGGAGCAGAUUUCGCUACCGGUGCUGAGGCUGGUGGACAUGAAAGCCAAGGAGCUUGGGGCAGACUCCAUAAUCAGUCCUGUGCAGGAUCCGCCAGUGCGACAAAUGCUACCUGUACCCAGUGAUCAGCCGGGAUUGGGAAGCAUGGCUUUUGGCAACCACACGCUGCAUCCGAACCAUGCUCAGAUGGGGUACGGACAGAACUUGGGUGGAUAUGGGUAUGCAAUGGGACAAGGCAACCCUCAAUUCUACCAGACGCAGUUUGGAAGUAUGGGCCAGACAGUACAGACUUCCAUGGCAGACAUGAGCGCCGGCCUGGACGGCAUGGCAAACACCAUGGACAUGAACGGUGCCAACGGUUUCAACACGAUCAAUGAUAUGACUGGAAUGAAUGGAUAUGAACCGGAUCGCAGCCUACACGGUAUGGGCGUAAGUGGCGGGCAGUUUACGCAGCCCGACCAGUCUUAUAUGGGCUUGAACAGCAACCUCGAGACCAACCUCAACAGCAACGGGCUGGAGCCGUUUCCAUCUCUGGACGGCCUCGGCGUGCAAGGGUUACAAAGUGACGGUAUGGGAGGACAGAUGAUGUAUGAGAAUGGAAUGAUGGCCCAGCAAAGGGCAAGCCUGAACGGAAGUCCGUUCAGCGGGCACGAGACGCUGUCGACAUAUUCGCAUUCGCCGCACAUGCAGGCGACUAACCGGGAGCAUACGACGUGGGAUACUCAGGGUAUGUUUCCCUCGUGA